AUGUUCGGAUCAUCGGCCCAGCUCAACGCCAAGAUCCGCCGCGACUGCGACUACGUACGCAACUUCUACGAGGAUGAACAACAUCACCACGCCACAGUCAUCGACGAGGCCACGUUGAAGGCAAUCUUGACCGAAGACAAGAUAUGCGACACAAAACCGAAUCGGGUCGAGUACCUCGAUGAAUACGAUGCCAAGCGAAUCCUCAUACCCGAGAUGAAGGACUUAGUGUCCGAAAGCCACCCAAACCUUCUCCAAGCGUGCUUCUGGACUGCACUCUGGUCAAUGCCUUCCAGGGAUGUGCAGGACCUGCUUGACGAGUUGAGGACCGACAAAGACCUGACUUGUUCUGAACUGAUGAACGCUAUCCUGCAAAUUCCACGAUUGGUCCAUAUCUUUCGUGGCUUAAAAACCAAGAAGGGCGAUAACGCCCCCCCCAGCAAUGUCGCGACUUAUAAGCGUAGCGAUUCAGAGCUUAAAGGCGCCAAGAUCCGCGACAAGUUCAAGUGUGUUAUUACAGACACCCCCAAGCCUGAAGCUUGUCAUAUAUUCCCAUUCGCAGCUUUGAACUACCAGGACCUGACAUCAUCGUACCUGGGUGCAAUGCUGGCCGGUGAAUCCAACACACUCGACACUGUCAGCAACAUGAUUUGCCUGACUCCCACACUGCAUGAUUGGUGGGGCAGGGGCUACUUUGCACUGGAGCCAAUGGGGGAGCCAAAGCGUUUACCUUCAGAGGGCAUUGGGGGAACCGCCCCGACGAAGCUGAGCACAGUCCCGAACACCCCGACGAAGUCUACCCCCACGUCGACGACCACCCCGACAAAGUCGACCGUCACCCAGAAGUCGAAGAAAACCCCGACAAGGCAGACUCUGGACCGGGCCGCAAAGCGGCCCAAGACGAAUGAGGAGCGCAAAGAGAAUGAGGACUGGGUCAUCCAAGUUCGAUUUCAUUGGCUUAAAAAGACCAACGACGAGGGUAUGAAAUUGACGUCAAAUAUCGACUUCUCAGAUGACCCAAUCGGAAGGCUACAGGGUGAGGGCCUAGCGAAGGCGUUUAACGCAACAACCUGCCGCCAGGUGGAAGACGGCCAGGUCUUCACCUUUCGGUCCAAAAAUCGUAAGCACCUCCCUGAUUACGAUAUUCUACUUCUACAGUGGGAUCUCUUGAGGAUGUGGCGAUUGGCUGGGGGUGCAGACCCCUCUAUCUACCCCUUCCAUGACGAAUUCGACGACUGUGGACUCCAGGCCACCAACAGCCAAGUUGAGUCGUUGGAAGACGCACCAGUGACAGUCAGCGGCCCUGGCACCGAUGCCCCGCCAAAUACCGGCGAAGGUAGUGAGACUGCGGGUUUCAACCUGGGCAAUGAAAGCGGUGACUAG